AUGGCGGUAGCUGAGGCAAACAACGAAGCACCGCCAACUGCUGCUGCUGCAGCAGCAGCAGCAGCAGCAGCAGAUGAGCCAGCUGCAACAGCAGCAGAAGCAGCAGCAGCAGCACCAAAUUCAACAGAACAAUGCAUGGGUACGGAGACUGAUUCAGGUGUACGUACACGAACUCCUGAGGAGGCGCUAGCAGAUGCAGUAGCAGCAGCAGCAGAAGCAUCAGCAGCAGCAGCAGCACAAGUAGCAGCAGAUGAGGCAGCAGCAGAAGAAGAAAAAGCAGCAGCAGCAGCAGCAGUUGCUGCAGGAUUAACACUAACAUUAACACCAAAAGAAGAACAACUUUUCUCUCUUCUUAAUAGAUGUGUAGAGGAAAAUAAAUUAAAUGUUGAGCUGCGAGCAGCAGGAGGCUGGGUCCGCGAUAAGUUGUUAGGAAUUCCAUCAACAGACAUCGACAUCGCCAUCAAUCAUCUUACAGGAGCUCAAUUCGCUGAUGUACUCGUCAAGCAAGAAACUUAUGCGGAUACCACCAGCAGCACCAGCAGCAGCAGCAGCAGCAGCAGCAGCAGCAGCAGCAACACUAGCAGUAAUGAUACCAGCAACAGCAAUAAUGGGGGCAACAACAGCACCAAUGAUAACAACAGCAACAACAACAGCACUAGCACCAGCAGCACGAGCAGCAGCAACAGCAGCAGCAGCACGAACAGCAGCAGCAGCAGCAGCAGCAGCAGCAGCAGCAGGAGGAAGGGUAACCGUAUACCUGUAACACUGCAGCACAAAGUAUCCAGGGAAAGAAUAGGUAUAGAGAUAAAAAAAAUAUUCUCUAUACAUAGUAUAACUAUUAAUCAGCCUCCUGCUGCUGCUGCUGCAGAUGCAGCAACUGCAGCAACACUGCUAGCAGCAAGAGCAGCAGAACGAGCACAAACACAAGCAGCAGAAACAGCAGCAACAACACAAACUGCAGCAGAAGCCUCACCUCCUUCAGAUACAGCAGCAACAGCAACAGCAGCAGGAAGUGUUGCUGCUGAGAGUCAGGAGCAGCAGCAGCAGAAGCUGCUAAAGGGGCCCCUAUCUGGUGCAUUAAGGGGUAUGCUGCUGCUGCUGCAGCUGCGUGUAUGGGAGAUAAUAGUGUUACCCCUUGGUUACGAGGUGUAUAGACACCCUGUUGCUGCUGCUGCUGCAGCAACAGCAGCAGGUAAAUCAAAAACAAAGGCAAGAGAAAUUGCAGCCAUGGUAAGGAAGGAGCAGCAGCAAAUCGAUGCAGCAGCAGCAGCAAGGGUGUGGGGCCCCCUUGGUGCAUGCGCUGUUGUUGCUCUAAGACAUCUACUUGCAAGAAGACCGUUGCUGCAGAAGCUGCAGCAGCAGCAGCAUCAGCAGCAGCAGCACUCUGCGGAUGACGCAGCAGCAGCAGCAGCAGCAGCAUCAGAGGAGAUGACAGCAUUAUACGAGGGUUUAUCCAGAGGAGUAGAGCUAAAGGAAGGAGACAGUGUGCUGCGUCUGUUGCUGUUUGCUGCUGUGCUGCACCCCUGUAAGGAUCUCCUUGCUGUUGUUUCUGCUGCUGCUGCUGCUGCUGCUCCUGGUCCUCCUGUAAGGCGUAUGGCGGAGGCAGUUAUUGCUGCAUCAUGGAGGCUGCCCUAUGCUGAAGCAGCAGCAGCAGAUAAUCUAAUUAUGCAUGCGCAGAGGUUACGGGAAGUAGCAGACGAGGAAGCAGCUCUCCAGCAGCAGCAGCAGCAGCAACAACAGCAGCAGCAGCAGCAGCAGCAGGAGAAACGGGUAAAAUUAGGGUUAUUAAUAAAGGAAGUAGGGCCUAAUUGGAGGGAAGCAAUUCUAUUAGCAGCAGCAAAAGUCUUAGGAGAUUUAAUAUAUGAUGAUGCAGCAGCAGCAGUUGCUGCAGCGCAUGCAGCUGUUACUGCGGGGCCCAACACAGCAGCAGCAGCAGCAGACGAAGAAGAGCAGCAAAUGCAUAAGAAGAGGAGUAAUAACGGGGGGGAGGCAAAAGAACAAAAGAAGAUGUGUGUAUUAAAUACUGCAGCAGAGCGUCCUGUUGCUGCUGCUGCUGCAGAAGCAUCAGAAGGUCCUGCUGCUGCUGCUGCUGCUGCUGCUUCUGCAGCAGCACCAGAGGUAUCUAUACCCCAUUUAGAUUGUCUCCUUCUAUCUAAGGAGGAGACAGCAAAGGAGACACUUCGUCAUCUCUUACUAUUAAAGGAGACAAUAGAGACACUGCAGCUACAGGAUGCAUGGCGCAUGCAGCCCCUCUGCAACGGGAAACAGGUUCGUGAAGCAGUCGGAGCAAUAUCGGGUCCGGCUGUUGGAGAGUUAAUGCAGAAGCAGUUUGUAUGGCAAUUAGCCAACCCGGGGAAGACAGCGGAAGAAUAUUUAGAGUAUUUAAAGUCAUCAUAUAAACCCUCAUCAGCAGGGAAGAAAGAAUCAAGGGUUUAG